AUGAUAAAGUAAAAUAAAGAUGGGGAACCAAUUUUCAUACCACCUACUAAAAUUUUACAAGAGUUAAAAUAUUUACACAAAGAAUUACCAGCAUUUUGUUAUUCUUGGGCUUGGGAAGCUAGAUGUGUUUGUGCUUUUGAAAAAGGAGAAUUUAUUGAAGCAAUAAAAGAAUUGAAAGUAGUUUAUUGUUUGAUAAUCCAAGUAAAUUGGUUGCUAAAAGAGAUGUGAAGUGUAUGCAAAAAAGCCUAUUCUUAUUGGGAAAAGAUUAUUUAAUGUAAGAUUAAUUUCUUAUGGGGCAUCAUCUCCAAAAAAAAUGUUUUUUGGACCAAACCAUUUAGCACAUGCAUUUGAUAAGUUGAUGUUUGAUUAUGUCUAUAUAUUUUUGGAGACACCUUAAAAAACAGCUAAAAAAUUAUAAUUACUUAUAUAAAAAGCUGAAAGUACAUAAAAUUAUAGGUAUUGUUUUUAUUUAAUUGUAAGAUAAAUUGCAAGUUUUAAGGAAAGUUAUAAAUUAUUAUUGGGAAAGGAAUAUGAAGAAUAGAAUAUAGAAGAAGAAUAGAAUGAAGAAUAAGAUUGA